AGCACUACAGAAUAUGCCGCACAGAGUCAGCAGAACGGCAGCAGAUGCAUCAGCAUCAUAUGAGGCCACCAUGCCUUCUAUCAAGCUUCUGGUUUGGUGCUGCUUGUGUGUGAUAUCCCCCAGGCUGUGCCAUUCUGAGAAGCUCUUCCACAGUCGGGAUCGGUCAGACCUUCAGCCCUCAGCAAUUGAACAGGCAGAACUGGUCAAGGAUAUGCUCUCUGCCCAGCAAUUCCUGGCAAAAUAUGGGUGGACACAACCAGUUAUUUGGGAUCCAUCAAGUACCAAUGAAAACGAACCUCUAAAAGAUUUCAGUCUGAUGCAAGAGGGAGUUUCUAACCCAAGGCAAGAAGUGGCUGAGCCAACAAAAAGCCCUCAAUUCAUUGACGCGCUCAAAAAGUUUCAGAAGCUAAACAACUUGCCAGUGACAGGAACCCUUGAUGAUGCCACCAUCAACGCCAUGAACAAGCCACGGUGCGGCGUGCCAGACAACCAAAUGGCAAAGAAAGAGACGGAGAAACCGACAGCAGCACAGUCACUUGAAAACAAGACUAAGGAUUCUGAGAAUGUUACUCAACAAAACCCAGACCCCCCCAAGAUUCGGAGGAAGAGGUUCUUAGAUAUGUUAAUGUACUCAAACAAGUACAGGGAAGAACAGGAGGCGCUUCAGAAAUCCACAGGCAAAGUCUUCACCAAAAAGCUGCUGAAAUGGAGAAUGAUUGGAGAAGGCUACAGCAAUCAGCUUUCCAUCAACGAGCAAAGAUAUGUCUUCAGGCUGGCUUUCCGCAUGUGGAGUGAAGUCAUGCCACUGGACUUUGAAGAAGAUAACACCUCCCCUCUAUCCCAAAUUGAUAUCAAACUUGGAUUCGGACGAGGUCGCCAUUUAGGCUGUAGCCGGGCAUUCGAUGGCUCUGGGCAGGAGUUCGCCCACGCUUGGUUUCUGGGGGACAUUCACUUUGACGACGAUGAACAUUUUACUGCUCCCAGUAGUGAGCAUGGGAUUAGUCUGCUGAAGGUGGCAGCCCAUGAAAUUGGCCAUGUUCUUGGAUUAUCUCACAUCCACAGGGUGGGAUCAAUAAUGCAGCCCAAUUACAUUCCGCAGGACUCUGGCUUUGAGCUGGACUUGUCUGACCGGAGAGCCAUACAGAACCUAUACGGCUCAUGUGAAGGCCCCUUUGACACAGCGUUUGACUGGAUCUAUAAAGAGAAGAACCAAUACGGGGAGCUUGUUGUUCGAUACAACACCUACUUCUUCCGCAACAGCUGGUACUGGAUGUAUGAGAAUCGGAGCAACAGGACCCGAUACGGGGAUCCACUUGCAAUUGCCAACGGCUGGCACGGAAUUCCCGUACAGAAUAUUGAUGCUUUUGUUCAUGUCUGGACCUGGACAAGAGACGCCUCCUACUUUUUUAAAGGUACUCAGUACUGGCGCUACGAUAGUGAAAAUGACAAAGCCUAUGCUGAAGAUGCACAGGGAAAGAGCUACCCUCGCCUAAUCUCAGAAGGGUUUCCUGGAAUCCCAAGCCCCAUCAAUGCUGCCUAUUUUGACAGGAGAAGACAGUACAUUUACUUCUUCAGGGACUCCCAGGUUUUUGCCUUUGAUAUCAACAGAAACAGAGUUGCGCCAGACUUCCCCAAAAGAAUCUUGGACUUUUUCCCAGCCGUCGCAGCAAACAAUUACCCCAAGGGCAACAUAGACGUGGCCUAUUAUUCCUACACAUACAGCUCCUUAUUUCUCUUCAAAGGAAAAGAGUUUUGGAAAGUCGUCAGCGACAAGGACAGGAGGCAAAACCCGUCUCUUCCAUACAAUGGAUUGUUCCCCAGAAGAGCAAUAUCUCAGCAGUGGUUUGAUAUCUGCAACGUACACCCUUCAUUGCUGAAAAUUUGAUUUGCCCAAAAUAGCCCAGCCUGAAUAAUAGUCAUGCACUGAGGUUUUCUAAAGUCUUCUUCUGCCCUUGUCCCACCUGUGCACUCACCUGUAGCAUGGACAUACUCCCAGAUGAUUGACCUUUCUACAACUCUACUUCCAGAGUGUCCAUGUCUAAGAAUUUCUUAGUAAAAGAGUUGACUAGACUAUUGUAUUGUUUCCUAAACGCAGCCAUAAAGGAGCUCCAACAGCACAAGAUUCCAGGAAGCCAUUCCCUCAAUUCAUAAAGGACAGGAGUGUGCGCUCCAAUAAUGGCUAAUAUAUGUACAUUAUUAAACACAAGAAUGGGAGAAAUCCAUUCGAGAAAAAAGUAUUUAUUAGUUGAGAUGAAUCCCAAUUUGGGAAGAUUGAGAGUUGAACAAGGAUCCUUAUUAUGUAUCUGCUUAAAUGUUUUAUUUAUCCAUUUUUGCUUGAGUUUCUGCUUCGAUUAGAAAGUAUUGGAGCAUGAUUCAUAAUGAUUGAACUGAUGUGAACUUCUCCAGAAUGCACUUCUAAACACAAACAUAAUACUGAUGGAGGAGGAAUAAUUGUAUGGGGAUAGAGGCUCCAUAGAAGGCAAACUUUAAGGCUGCAAUAAUAUUGUGGUCAAAUAUGUGCUUUCUCCUUGGUGGUAAAGGUUUAUUGAAGGCCCUUUGCUUCUUCUGCUCAACAGUGGACCAUGUGCUCAAAGUAAGCUCCCUACACAAUGGUUGAUGGAAAUGUGACUGGUCUGCAUGAAGCCCUCAACCCAACUGAACAACUGUGGGAUGAAUUGGACCAUGGACUAAGGGAGCCAGGCCGGAUCAUUGAAGCCGGACCUCACUCAUGCUUUUGUGGUUGAAGAGCAAAUCCCACCACUAAUCUUCCAAGACCUAGAGGAAAGCCUUUCCAGAAGAGCAGAGGCUGUUGCAGCAAAGGAAUGUCUAACUCUAUAUCAAAACCUUCAGGCUUCAGAAUUGCAUGUUCUCAUUAAUAAAUGUGUAGCAUCGGGACUCUAUAGCUCUUAAAGGCCGUGCAUGUUUGAUUUAGAAAGAUACACUUGAUGUUAUUACUGAGCUUUAUACAGCACUGUUAUUCUGCACAAAUAAAACUUUUACUUUACA